AUGGGCGCAACAACUAAUGAUCGAAAGCGUCCUCACGCUACUGAGGAUAUCGACCCUGCUUCCUUCGAAGAUCGUGACAAUGGCGACGUGAAGUCCAAGAAGAGACCUCGAACUGAGGACCGUCGAUCGCUCUUCGUUCGCUCGCUUCCCCCCGGUGCCACGAGCGAAAGCCUUACCGAUUUCUUCUCUCAACAUUACCCAGUCAAGCACGCCACUGUCGUUGUUGACCAAAAGACCAAGGAAUCGAGAGGUUACGGUUUCGUGACCCUGGCCGACGCCGAAGAUGCUGUCGAGGCCAAGAAGGCUCUGGAUAAGCAAGAUUGGAACGGUCGUCGCAUCCGUAUCGAUGUUGCCGAGCCAAGACAAAGAAACAACACUACUGGCGAACUGCCUGCUCACAAGCUUCGCAAGGAGGAGAUUCAAAAGCCCAACAAACUGAUUAUUCGAAAUCUGCCUUGGAGUAUCAAGAAAGCGGAACAGCUGGAGCACCUCUUCCGAAGCUUCGGAAAGGUUAAGUUUGCCGAUCUGCCUCAAUCAAAGGGCAAGCUCAAGGGAUUCGGAUUUGUUACCCUCAGGGGAAGGCCGAACGCAGAGCGCGCAUUGGAAGCUAUCAAUGGCAAAGAGAUCGACGGCAGAACUCUUGCAGUUGAUUGGGCUGUCGACAAGGAAACCUGGGAUAAACAGCAAGAACCCGAGGAGGAAGAGAAGAAACAGAAGAAAGGAAACAAGAAACAACAGGUUGAAGAAGAUGACGAUGAUCAAACAUCCUCAGAAGGGAGUGAUGACGAGGACGACGAAGAUGACAAGAGUGACGAUGUAGAGGGUGGCGCCGAGGUCAACCGGGACGACCAAUUGGACGCCGAUCUGAAGAACUUCUUCAAGAACCACAUGGAGAAUCUCGAAGAUGAGGACGAUGAGGACGAGGACGACGAGGAUGAUGAUGAAAAGGAUGACGAGAUCGAAAAGGAGGUCGAAGCUUUACAACCUAAAAAGCUGAUGACAGACAACUCAUCAACUGUCUUCGUUCGCAACCUACCAUUCACGACUACAGACGAACAGCUCAAGAGCUUCUUUGGCCACUUCGGCAAGAUCCGUUACGCUCGAGUGGUCAUGGACAAAGUUACUGAAAAACCAGCCGGCACCGGUUUCGUCUGUUUUGUUGACGUCGAUGAAGCCAAGAGCUGCAUCAAGGGUGCCCCCCGCACUCAAGCACCUGUCGCCGCCGCCAAAACAUCAAUCCUCCAAGACGAGAGUGCUGAUCCAGAUGGAAAGUACACUCUCGAUGGCCGACUUCUCUCGGUUACACAGGCAGUCAACAAGCAAGAGGCCACCAGCCUUGCCGAAAACUCUCUUGCCAAGCGCAACGAAAAGGACAAGCGUAAGCUUUUCCUGCUAGGCGAGGGUGUUAUCGACAAGAACUCGCCUCUGUUUAACCUCCUCACAGAGCCGGAGCAUCGUAUGCGACAGGCCAGUGCUGCUCAACGUAGGAAGCUUGUACAGGGCAACCCCAGUCUUCACCUGAGCUUGACUCGACUGGCCCUGCGUAACAUUCCCCGCAACAUGGAUUCGAAGGAUCUCAAGGAGCUUGCGCGAAAGGCUGUUGUUGGGUUCGCCAGAGAUGUUAAGGCUGGACUUCGACAACCCCUUUCAAAGGAAGAGAACGCCCGAGACGGAAAGGAUGCCAAGGAGAAAGAACACGAACGCAAGGCCAAGGGCAAGGGUAUCAUUCGCCAGGCGAAGAUUGUGUUUGAGAGUGGACAGGGACAGAAGAUGCAGGAGAAGGAUGGUGGUAAGAGUCGUGGCUAUGGUUUCAUCGAAUACACUUCGCACCAUUGGGCGUUGAUGGGACUUCGAUAUCUCAACGGUCUUCAGCUCGAGAACGAAGUGGGCAAGAAGCAGAGGCUAGUCGUCGAGUUCGCCAUUGAGAACGCCCAGGUUAUUCAGCGACGACGUGCCAACGAGGAGAGGUCUCGACAACUGAACCCAGAGCACAACAAGGGUGGCAAGACUGAGGCCCAGCUGAAGACUCUUGCUCAGCAUACAAAGGAUAACAAGAAGCGUGGACGCAAAGAUGAUAGGGGUGAUAGGGGUGGAAAGCCUGGCAAGUUUGGAAAGCCUGGAAGGGAUGCGCCCAGGAAGCAACCAGAGCAAGAUGGCGGCCGAAAACCCGAGACAGACGCCGAGAUGAAGCACAGGUUGAUUGCUCGAACAAGAGUUAUGCGCAAGAAGAAGUCUAUGAGUCGGGGUGGGAAAUAA